AUGGCCGAACAAGCCAAUAAAUUUGCCAACGGCAUCGGAAACAAAAUUUCCCAGGUCGAACAGGUCAUUGCCUCAUCGCUGAGGCCUUUGCCCACAGAGACCGGUGAUGGGACCUACAUCAAAGAGGCUACUACGACUGGCUUUCUCAAGGACCUGGGACAUAUCAAUUUGAAAGAAGUCAAGGGCAUUGUUGAGGUUGCCAAAGAUGCGGCAACUGGGGAACCUUGGAAUGACCGGCAGUAUAUCAUGGAACGAGUAGUUCAGCUUGCCGCUGGCCUGCCUUCAACUUCCAAGAUUGGCAACGACUUGACCAACACUUUCUUGGGCACUCUUUGGAAAGACUUGCAACAUCCACCAAUCUCCUAUCUUGGUCGGGAUUCUGCCUACCGCAAAGCUGAUGGAUCGGGAAAUAACCCCUUCUGGCCGAAUAUUGGUGCUGCUGGAACGCCUUAUGCGCGAUCAGUUCGGCCGACGAUUGUGCAGCCUGUUACCCGUCCAGACGCAGAAACACUUUUUGAUACUCUUUUGACUCGAAAGGAAUUCAAAGAGCACCCGAACAAGAUUUCGAGCGUUCUUUUCUACCUUGCUUCUAUUAUCAUCCACGACCUUUUCCAAACAGACCCCAAGACAGGCACAUCGUCGCUGACAUCGUCUUAUCUUGAUCUUGGACCUCUCUAUGGCAACAACCAAGAUGAGCAAGAUGCCGUGAGGACCUUCAAGAAUGGCAAGCUGAAGCCAGAUACUUUCUCCGCCAAACGUAUUCUUGGUUUCCCUCCUGGCGUGGGCUGUUUACUCAUCAUGUUCAACAGAUUCCACAAUCAUGUGGCUGACAAUCUGGCAUUGAUCAACGAGGGUGGCCGCUUCACCAAGCCGGAUGAGGCUAACAAGCAAGCCUAUACAACAUGGGAAAAUGACGUUUUCCAGACUGCUCGUUUAGUCACAUGUGGUCUCUAUAUCAAUAUCGUCAUGAAAGAUUACGUCCGAACAAUCCUUAACUUGAACCGGACUGAUAGCACUUGGAGCUUGGACCCCCGAGCUGAAAUCAAGAAUGGUCUCCUCACUACGGCCCCAGCUCAGGCUACUGGAAACCAAGUCUCGGCUGAGUUCAAUCUUGUCUACCGAUGGCAUUCUUGUAUCUCUGCCCGAGAUGAAAAAUGGUCCGAAAAUAUGUACAAAGAGAUCUUCAAGGGACAAGACGCAAAGGCACUGAGCAUCCCACAGUUCGUCCAAGGGCUUUAUCGCUGGGAGGCAAUGCUCCCCGAAGACCCCGAGGACCGCCCAUUUGCCAAUUUACACCGCAAGGAAGAUGGUCUCUAUGAUGACGAUGAUCUGGCCAAGAUUUUCCAAAGCAGCGUUGAAGAUGUCGCCGGUGCCUUUGGUGCGUCAAAUGUGCCGGAAAUUUUCAAAACCAUUGAAGUUCUCGGCAUGAAACAAGCACGGUCUUGGAACUUGGCGACGUUGAAUGAGUUCCGAGACUACUUCAACCUGGCCCCAUACAAGACAUUCGAAGAGAUCAAUCCGGACCCGUACAUUGUUGAGCAGCUCCGCCAUUUCUACGAUCAUCCCGAUCUGGUGGAACUCUACCCCGGCCUCAUCGUCGAAGAGGCGAAGGAGCCUGUGGUUCCAGGUAGUGGCUUGUGCACUAAUUUCACCACCUCCCGAGCCAUCCUGUCGGACGCUGUUGCUUUGGUACGCGGUGAUCGUUUCUACACCGUUGACUACACCCCUAAGCAUCUUACCAACUGGGCGUUCAACGAGAUCAAUUAUGAUGAUAGCGUGGACCAAGGCCAUUGCUUCUAUAAACUGGCUCUGCGAGCAUUCCCCAAUAACUUCCGUGGAGACUCGGUAUACGCGCAUUUCCCUAUGGUCAUCCCGGGUGAGAACAAGAAAAUCUUCGAAAGUCUUGGAAAGGCUAGCCUAUACAGCUUUGAUAUCCCUGACUAUACCCCAAUCCCCAAAAUGAUAAAUUCCCACGCCGCUUGCAAGGCCAUUCUUGGGGAUAAGGAAGGCUUCAAAAUGACUUGGGGCAAGAAGUUGGAGUUCCUCUUGGAACGCGAUGGCCAGCCAUAUGGUCGUGAUUUCAUGAUCUCGGGCGACUGCCCUGCAAACGUCGCAUCCCGCAAGAUGAUUGGUGGUGCUCUGUACCGAGACAAGUGGGAAUCGGAAGUGCGAAAGUUCUACGAGCAGAUCACCAUUCAGCUGCUGCAACAAAACUCCUACAAGGUGGGUACCGUGAACCAGGUGGAUAUCUGUCGUGAUGUGUCCAACCUGGCGCAAGUUCAUUUCUGCGCAAACAUCUUUUCUUUGCCGCUCAAGAAAGAGUCAAACCCCCGUGGUGUUUUCACCGAGGUUGAGAUGUUUCAAAUUCUGACUGUGAUUUUCACGUCUAUCUUCUACGAUGUGGAUGUUGCCAAGUCUUUCCAAUUGGAGCAGGCCGCUCGCAAACUUGCACAGCAGCUUGGUGAGCUGGUCAUGGCUAAUGUCGAAGUGGUUGAUAAGGCUGGCUUCGUCGCUAGUCUUGUGAGCCGGAUCCAUCGUCAUGAUGUGCUCAGUGACUAUGGUAUCCAUAUGAUCCAAAAACUGCUACACAGCGGACUGCCAGUGAAGGAUAUUGUGUGGAAUAACAUUGUCCCAGCAGCUACAUCUAUGGUUACCAACCAAGCGCAGUUGUUCAUGCAGUGCUUGGACUUUUAUCUUGAGAAAGAAAAUGCUGUUCAUCUCGCAGAGAUUCAGCGUCUAUCCAAGGAGCAUACCCCAGAGUCUGAUGAACUUCUUCUACGAUACUUUAUGGAAGGCGCACGAAUCCGAUCGACCGUUGCUUUGCCUCGAGAAGUUGUGAAACCCACUGUCGUUGAAGACAAUGGCGAGAAGGUGACGUUGAAGACAGGCCAGCAAGUCAUUUGCAACUUGGUGGCUGCGAGUCAUGAUGCGGAAGCAUUCCCGGACCCCGAGACGGUCCGCUUGGAUCGCGAUUUGAGCCAGUAUGCCCACUUUGGUUUUGGCCCGCAUCAAUGCAUUGGGCUUGAAGCGUGUCAGGUUGCUCUCCCUACCAUGCUUCGGGUCCUUGGACAGUUAGACAACCUUCGACGUGCUCCUGGGCCACAAGGACAGUUGAAGAAGAUUCCAGGAAUUGGGGGAAUUACCAUGUAUAUGGAUGCCGAGCAGAGUGCAUACUCGCCAUAUCCAUCGACGAUGAAGGUGCAGUGGGAUGGAGAUAUUCCGACUGCGCGCCAUGUGUAA